AUGAGCGGCGCGGACGUGUGGGAGGAUCGGGAGGACAUGCUGGACAGGCUCUGGGACCGCUUCCGGGAAACAGGCGAGUGUCUUCGGUCGAGCGAACCACCCUCGGUCUCCCACCCCUGGCACGUCCUCACGACGCAGCACCUCCAGGAGCUCUCCUCCUCGUGCAGCGCUCUGCCCUAUUCGUACGGGACGCCCACGCUCUCGCCCGCACACACCCCGUCGCACCUCCUCGCCGCGUCCGUCGCGGCCGUGAUGCUCCUCGCGGGCGUCCCCGAGGCGUUCACGCGGCUGUUUUGCAGUCGGUAUCGCGGUACGCUCGCGAGUCUGCUGGACAAUGCGCGUGGGUUGAGGGAGGCGCUCGGCGUUAUGGGUGCGAGUGCGAGUGAGGAGGUGGAGGUGGUGAAGGAGGAGGUGGUGGAGAUGAGGGGUGUCGGUGGGGAUGCAGGUAGGGAGGACAGCGCGAAGGUGCAGGGUCCCGGUCAAACGCUGGACUCCGACAUGUCCGCCGCCUUCCCGCCCUCGCAGUUGCACGGUCCGCACGUUGUCCCGGCGACUCGAUUUCAGGACCGGCCCGUCAUCCCGCCCAUCGCGCCUCAUCGGCCUUCGCUACUUACCGGUAUGUGCACACCACCGCUCUCACUCCACGCUCACCUACUGACCAUCCUCAUCUUACACCCCGUGCGGGUGUCCUCGAGCGCACGCGGAUACUGCCCGCUCUUGCAAGUCGUGUCCGACCCGACCAUCCCGUGGCACUCACCUGCCCGAUCCACUCCCUCGUGA